AUGAGGCACGAGGAGAGCGACUCUCCGCUCGAUCGCCUGAGCGAGCUCCUGCAGGAGGCCAGGGAAGACAUCCACCAGCACAUGGCGGACGAGACGCCGCAAGGGGAGGAGGAAGGAGAGGAGGGGAGGAGGAGGUAUGAGCGCGUGAGUUUCAACAGGUUCGAUCAGAACGCUGACGGGUUCUUCAACUUCCAAGAGUACCAGAAGGCCAUGAUCGAGGAUCUAGAGGCCAGCGGGACAGGAGGGAGCUUGAAGGAGGCCAGCGGGACAGGAGGGAGCUUGAAGGAGGCCAGCGGGACAGGAGGGAGCUUGAAGGAGGCCAGCGGGAAGUCUGCCAUGGACCUGGUGGCCAAGCGCUACUUGGAGGAGCUGGCGCAACAGUUCGACCGGGAAGACGAGGACAAGGACGGCAGGAUCUCCUUCGAGGAGUGGUGGAGUGCAGUCAGGAGCAGCAGGGAGGGAGAAGAAACCGAGGAGUCUCCUCCUCUUGCCCAGGGUUACGACCAGGAGGAAGAGCUCAAGUUCAUCUUCCACAUGAUGGACGAGAAUGCAGACGGGCAGCUGUCACAUCCCGAGCUCGCCAAGGGGCUAGACUUGGGGGUUGGGAGGAGUGGAAGCAGCACCGAGGAGGUGAUAGCGAGGAUGGAUGCAAACAAAGAUGGGUUUGUUAACAUCACUGAGUACCUCGAUUCCUACGGCAGCCAAUCCUCGCAGGCAGUAUACGAGUUCCUGCUCAGAUCCUUUCAAGCGCUGGACGAGGACUACAUGAUGCAAAAUUUUGAACAGAGUCGACAGGAAGGGAACAAGACGGGAUAG